AUGCAUAUCCCAUUCACCGCAACACUCUUUACUGCCCUCUUCGGGCUCGCCGCGCUCUCACCUGUCUCGGCUGGAGCUGUCCUCGGACGAGCACCCCAGAACGGAAAUCGACCCGUGCCUAGUGGAGCUUGUUGUGUUGCCAACACGUCUCUGAAACAAGACGCAUGCACCGCCGCCAAUGGGGCAGCUGGAAGAUGUGUGCCAGGAGGAAACGACUGCGGAGGAAGACUAAGCUGUGUUGCAACGGCAAACCUCGAAUGUGAUGCCAACGUGAUUGAGCGAGGAAACACUCUUUGCCGAGCGAAAGCUCCAGGAGGUGGCUUGUUUGAUGGAGCGAACAUUAUUCAAAGUCUGGCACAGGCGACGGUGAACUGA